UAUGGUUAAAGACAUCUGUAGGUGUGUGUUCAUAUCUGUUAAUCCAUUACAUCACAAAGCCAAGCCCCACAAAUUAAUCUCCACCUCCUUCUGUGACAUUCAGAAUAAAAACUCACCAGAAACAUUACAAAUGCACAAGUAGUUCUCAUUUUCUUUUCCAGCUCUAAACCUGCAUUGGUAAUUGGAGAGAGCUAAACCAGAUCAUUCAAUAUCUUUCACAGGAUCAUCUGGGCAGUGUACCACUCCAAAAUGGAUUCUCGCAAUUCUGAGUAUUAUGAAAACUUCGAUGAGGUCCAUGGCAUUCUAAUGUAUAAAGAGUUUGUCCAGUAUUGGGAUGACGUGGAAACAUUCCAGGCAAGACCAGAUGAUGUUGUCAUUGCCACCUACCCUAAAUCUGGCACCACCUGGGUUAGUGAAAUUGUAUAUAUGAUCUAUACUGAGGGUGAUGUGGAAAAGUGCAAAGAAGAUGCAAUUUUUAAUCGAAUACCUUUCCUGGAAUGCAGAAAAGAAGAUGUCAUGAAUGGAGUUAAACAAUUGAAAGAGAUGGCAUCUCCUAGGAUAGUGAAGACUCAUCUACCGCCUGAACUUCUUCCAGUCUCAUUUUGGGAAAAUAACUGCAAGAUGAUUUAUCUUGGCCGGAAUGCUAAGGAUGUGGCUGUUUCAUAUUAUCAUUUCUUUCAAAUGGUAAAUGCUUACCCAAAUCCUGGAACUUUUCCAGAAUUUGUGGAGAAAUUUAUGCAUGCACAAGUUCCUUAUGGUUCCUGGUAUAAGCAUGUAAAUUCUUGGUGGGAGAAGAGUAAGAAUCCACGAGUGCUAUUUAUUUUCUAUGAAGAUAUGAAAGAGGAUAUCAGAAAAGAGGUGGUGAAAUUGAUACAGUUCCUCGGGAGGAAGCCAUCAGAGGAGCUCGUGGAAAAAAUUAUAAAGCACACCUCAUUCCAGGAGAUGAAGGAUAAUCCAUCCACCAACUACACAGUACUGCCGGAGGAAAUCAUGGAUCAAAAAGUGUCACCGUUCAUGAGAAAGGGGAUUGCAGGUGACUGGAAAAAUUACUUUACAGUAGCACUUAAUGAGAGAUUUGAUACUCACUAUGAACAGCAAAUGAAGGAGUCUCCAGUGAAGUUUCGAACUGAGAUCUAAGAAGUGUUUUCUUUCCUUAACAUACCUGAGAUUACAGAUUUCUCCUUAUCAUUUUCACUUAUUCUUGUUCUAGAUUAGUAGAGAUGGAGUCACGUGAAUCAUGAAUCAGGUCACACAUUUAUUGAACUGUUUGUAUAAAGGAAAAAUAAGAUCUGCCUUCCUGCUAUCUUUUCAGUUUUUUUUUUAAUUCCACCUUCCUUUCUUCACUGUUGUUAUACAAAAUUAUAAUGUAUAGGAAUGUGGUAGGAACAGAUAGUAGAGAAUGUUAGAAUUUCAGUAAAAAUAAACAUCCAUUCCAAACUAUUUUGUUUUUCUCAUUUAGUAUGAUAUUUGACAUAUAUAUGUAUGUAUUCAUACACACACACAUAAAUGUUAAUAAGUUCACAUGAGCAUUGAAGACUCAGAAGAGAGAAUCAUAGAAUAAAUAAAUUGUUGGUAUAACUAUACCUAUUAAUUCCUUUCGAUUUUCUUUUACCUUUGGAGAAAUGGUUUAAUUUGAAAUAUACCUUAUGCUAAAUACAUUUUGUGACAUAUCAGAACUUAUUUCCAAACAUCUAUAAAUGAUCCCAAUGAAUGUUUAUCCUAAUGAAUGCCUUCAGCUGAUUUGAAAUCUUUAUGCUUUAGAGUGCCUUCUAUCCUAUAUACAAUGCAAUGUAAUCUCUGGAAAAUAAAGUUUUAAAUAAAAUGUGAAAGUUCUAAAAUAAAAUGUGGUAAUUUGCAGGAGAAUGAAAUGAAAAUAUAAGGAAAUAAAU